AUGCGCAGUGAAGAGCAUUCCUGUGUGUGUGUGUGUGUGUGACGUGCCAGAGGUGCGACCGAAACAUGACGGCGCGCGGCAGCGUGGAGGAGAUGCGGAGCCGCGUGAUACUUGGGGAGUUCGGGGUCCGCAACGUUCACACCACGGACUUUCCCGGCAACUACCCCGGGUACGACGACGCGUGGGACCAGGCCAAGUUCGAGAAGAAUUUCCGAGUGGACGUGAUCCAUAUGGAUGAGAACACACUGGAGUUCGACAUGGUGGGGAUCGACGCAGCCAUCGCCAAUGCCUUCCGGCGUAUCCUGCUCGCUGAGGUGCCAACAAUGGCUGUAGAGAAGGUCUUUGUGUACAACAACACGUCCAUCGUGCAAGAUGAGAUCCUGGCCCAUCGCUUGGGCCUCAUCCCCAUCCGAGCUGACCCACGCCUCUUUGAAUAUAAGAACCAAGGUGAUGAGGAAGGCACAGAAAUUGACACGCUGCAGUUCCAGCUGAAAAUCAAGUGCAGCCGGAACCCUCACUCAGCCAAGGAGUCAUCUGACCCCAAUGAGCUCUACAUUAAUCACAAAGUGUACAGCAAACACAUCACGUGGGUGCCCCUGGGAAAUCAAGCAGAUCUGUUUCCAGAUGCAGAUUUGCGGCCUGUUCAUGACGACAUCCUUAUUGCCCAGUUGCGGCCUGGCCAGGAAAUUGAUGUGCUCAUGCACUGUGUCAAAGGCAUAGGUAAAGACCAUGCUAAGUUUUCUCCAGUGGCCACAGCUAGUUACCGGUUGCUGCCUGACAUCACUCUGCUGCAGCCCAUUGAGGGGGAGGCAGCAGAGACGCUGAAGAAGUGCUUCUCCCCGGGAGUUAUUGAGAUUCAGAACAUCAGAGGGAAGAAGGUGGCAAGAGUGGCCAAUGCUCGGAUGGACACGUUUAGCCGGGAGAUCUUUCGUCAUGACGAUCUGAAAAACCUUGUGCGCCUGGCACGAGUGCGAGAUCACUACAUCUUCUCAGUGGAGUCUACAGGUGUCCUGCCUCCAGAUGUGCUGGUGAGCGAAGCCAUAAAAGUGCUGAUAGGGAAAUGUCGACGGUUCCUGGAUGAGUUGGAUUCCAACCACAUGGACUGAGCAGUUCAGGACACCAUGUUUGAGAAGCAGAGACUGAUUCUAUUGACCUGGGAUCUGGGCAUGGAUUGUUUCCAGUCCACAAGCCUAUGUAAACAGGAAGGGUACCUUCUGUUACCAAGCAAUGGCACCAUCCAUCACCUAUUCCCCAUACUGUAUGUAAGCAAGCAGGUGGACACACUAGAAAUGAAGGUGUGCCUCCACUUCCAGUGGUGUACAUGCACUAGCAGGAGUCUAGGAAAUCUCAUGGUUCUCAUUUUCUAAGGGAUUUCAGCACCUGCAGAGGAUGGCUAGUAGGGGCUUGUACUGGCCACCAAACCUUACUGAAGGCCCUAGCUCUUCUAAAUCACUGGUCCCUAAUGCGAUGCCUGCCGGGGCAUUUAUUUGCACCUGCCUACUGACAGGAGCCCUGUCACCAAGGAGUGCGGCAACACCAAGAAGCAUCGCUGCUGAAAUGCCACUGCUUCUCGGCAUUUUGGCGGCUGGUUGUCCGGCACCUGCCAUACUGAGCAGUUGGGGACCACUGUUUUAAAUGAAGCCUUGCUCAGGAGAAGAGCCAGCUUCAGGCGAAGGCAGAUUAUGUGGAAGUGUUAAUAAAGUAGUGGCUGUUUUAAUUGUCAGACUUCGUUACAUACACUUAACAAAUCAAGCGCCCCACCAGGCUAGGUAGGAAAGUGGAAAGAGGCACCACUUAAUUCAUUAACAAUAAAAAUGAUAGUGCUGCAACCCUUGAGCUGGUGCUUUGAAAUGUGGGCUAAAAUGCCAUCUGCCUUUUUUUCCUCCCGGGUAAGCAAUUGCUGUAUUUGCUACAGUGGUAGUUUACUCACCAAAGGGAAGAGAGAUGCUAAGACCAUCUCUAUUAAGAUGCGGUCUGCUCUGUGGAAGCUGAAGCAGUACUGCUUACACAGGAGCAUGAGUGCUAGGUCAAGCUGCACAAAGCAUGAAGAAUAAAAACUAAAUUGGAUUUUCAAUAUUCUUAGCUCCAGGCCUAAUAUAAGCCUAGCUGCAGAAAGUUUGAGAAGAGGAUACUAGCCUGUUCUUAUGGAGUAGGCAUGUGAUCUGUACAACUGCAGAUUUCACAGCUAAUGAAACUUAUAGGAGGGAAAGCAUCAUAAUAAGGAUCAUGCUGACUGGGAUUGCUGCCUUGGGUCUGAGCCUGUUCACUAUACACAAGCAGCUUGCAACUAAGUAUUAAUCUUUAUUUAGGGGCUUCAGUAGGUGACCAAAAAUAAAGGAAUAUCAGUCUCCCACUAUGCUAAAAAUAAGGCUGCCCAAUUUUUCCCACCUAGGGAAAAAACUUUAGGUGAUUAAAAUGAGAUUUUGGAAGUUAACUUUAGAAACAGUAAUUUGCUAUCACAGUAGGAGCUUAAUACAGGACAUCUGAUGCCUGCUGGAGCCCUGUACUUCCAUUUUUAAAAAAGGCUCUAGCCUUCUUCCUUGUGGAGACAGACUCCAAACCGUAACCCAGUUGUUUAGCUAAAUAGCUGUGGAAAGAAGUUUUCUAUCAGUAGUGAAGUCAAUCAGCCAGCAGUUUGCAUACCAAAAGUGACCCUUUAGCUCUUCGAAGGGAACAAAGGUGGGAGAGAUGGCUCCUCUGUUCUCCAGUCCCAGAGAGUUAAAGUGAGGGAAAUCCUAGGCAAAGUAUAAAAGCUGGAAGACUGGGUCCAUAUACGUAAUUUAAGCAUUUUACCAAACCUUGAAAGUUAGAGAGCAUCUCACAAAACAAGACACUGACUCAAAUUAUCACCCCACCCUUCAUUCUGCCCCUCAGAGUAAAUGAACUGACAUUGAAACUGUAUAAUCCCAUAGCUGCGCUUGUUAAUAAAACUAGUACAAAAGC